GGCUUGGUUGGAGAAACGCCCUAGAAAGACGCGAGGAAGGCGGAAGGGAGCGAGAGCCGCGGCCGGAGCCCAUCAGGGCCGCGCUGAAGAGCGAGAGCCGGGAGUGCGACGCAGGAAGCCCCGCCAGCCAGCCGGCCUCGGUCUUCUGCCAACUUUGCGCCAAGGAGGGUCGCCCUCAAGGAAGCGCCUCGCCGUCCGAGGGGGAGCCCAGGCUUCCCCCACCGAGGUCCCUCUGCCCCUUCCCGGCUUGCUUUCCCCUUCGGUGACCCCCGGCGGCCGUUCACCAUGAAGGCGGCGGGCGACCCGAAACCCACCUUGACGAUCAUCAAAGCCGAGAAGGUGGAGGUGGAUCUCUUUCCUUCCCCCGAUAUGGAAUGUGCAGAUGUGCCUUUGUUAACUCCAAGCAGCAAAGAAAUGAUGUCUCAGGCAUUAAAAGCCACAUUCAGUGGUUUCACAAAAGAACAGCAACGACUGGGAAUACCCAAAGAUCCUCACCAAUGGACAGAAACUCAUGUACGGGACUGGAUUAUGUGGGCCAUGAAUGAGUUCAGUCUGAAGGAUGUGGACUUCCAGAAGUUCUGCAUGAAUGGAGCUGCCCUGUGUGCUCUAGGAAAGGACUGCUUCCUUGAAUUAGCACCAGACUUUGUAGGAGACAUUCUUUGGGAACAUCUGGAGAUGCUGCAGAAAGAAGAGAUCAAGCCAUAUCCAGCAAAUGGAAUAAAUACUGCCUAUCCAGAAUCCCGCUAUACAUCUGACUACUUCAUUAGUUAUGGCAUUGAGCAUGCCCAGUGUGUUCCUCCAUCAGAGUUUUCUGAGCCCAGCUUCAUCACAGAGUCCUACCAGACUCUCCAUCCAAUCAGCUCUGAGGAGCUUCUGUCUCUCAAAUAUGAGAAUGAGUACCCAUCAGUCAUUCUUCGUGACCCAGUGCAGAUGGACUCCUUGCAGACCGACUACUUCACAAUCAAACAGGAAGUCGUAACCCCGGAUAACAUGUGCAUGGGGCGUGCCAGCCGAGGUAAACUUGGGGGCCAAGAUUCUUUUGAGAGUAUAGAGAGCUAUGAUAGCUGUGACCGUCUGGCGCAGUCCUGGAGCAGCCAGUCCUCCUUCCAGAGUCUCCAGCGUGUCCCUUCGUAUGAUAGCUUCGAUUCGGAGGACUAUCCUGUCCCUCUGCCCAACCACAAGCCCAAAGGCACUUUCAAGGACUAUGUUCGAGACCGAACUGACAUGAACAAGGACAAGCCUGUCAUUCCCGCUGCUGCCCUGGCUGGCUACACAGGUAGUGGACCUAUUCAGCUAUGGCAAUUCUUGCUGGAACUUCUCACAGACAAGUCCUGCCAGACAUUCAUUAGCUGGACAGGUGAUGGCUGGGAAUUUAAACUUUCUGAUCCUGAUGAGGUGGCAAGGAGGUGGGGCAAGAGGAAAAACAAGCCAAAAAUGAACUAUGAGAAGCUGAGCCGCGGAUUGCGCUACUACUACGACAAGAACAUCAUCCACAAGACGGCAGGGAAACGCUACGUCUACCGUUUCGUAUGCGAUCUGCAGAGUUUGUUGGGGUACACCCCUGAAGAGCUCCAUGCCAUGUUGGAUGUGAAGCCAGAUGCCGAUGAGUGAAUAGAUCCAUUUGACCAAAACAGAACAACCUGCAGAACACAAGGACUUCCUUUCUUUCCUUCCCCCGGCCAUUAUUUUCCUUUAAAAAAAGAAAAGAGAAAAGAGAGAAAAAACCUGAUUUUUCAUUGGUUGUACUUAAGAAGGGGUAGGAUUUUAAGCUUUUGAAUGAAACUGUGACAUAGGUUGGCUGGGAGGAGAAAGAAAGAACUUUCAUAUUCAAAUUUUCUUGGGGUUGUAUUUGCAGUUGAUAUUUUAGAAGUCAGGAAAAUGGAGCUUAAAUGUCAACCCUCUUGUUACGUCUAUUGAACGAAUUCAUAUGAUCUCUUUUCUUCCCGAUGUUAAGAACUGACAAUCUGUGUGCUUGUAAGACAGUGCUGUCUUUAAUUGAUGGAGAACAGUCUUAAGUGGCAACACAUCCUGUUUUACAGGGAAAACAUAUUGGAAUAACCAAGUACUGCGGUCCCAGAUAAUUUUGCAUUUCACAAGACAGGUCUCUGUUCUUAUGCUUGUCAGGGGGGACCAAAAAAAACCUCUUUUUUAAGAAAAUGUUUAAAAGAAAUGGUAUUUUAUUAAAUUUUGUGCCAGUAUUUUUUAAAAUAGUCUUAAGCUCUAAGGUGGUUUCAGUAUUGCAAUAUCAUGUGUUUGUUGUUUUGCCAGCGCGGAUUUUUUUAUCACCAUUGAGGAAAAAUGAAAUAUAGUCUAUGUAGACUCCACUAGAAAUGGGCAGAUUGAAUGGACCAGUAGCAAAUCAUGAUAAAAGUGUGGGCUAAGAACGGGGAACCCUAGAUGAAUGGAUGUUUUGCUUGAAUGCUGGACCUCCUGCACUUUAUUCUCUUAUGUCAGUAGAUCUGUGCCUCUGCUUGUGUAUUUUUAAUAAUGUCAUUUUCAUACUGAGAUUUUACUCAGAUUUUCCUCUACAUUUUAUGAGUCCAUUCAUAUCUAGGAUACUUUGAAGAAGAUUCUUGUUCCACUGAUCAGGAGUCUGGUAGCAUCUUUUCAGAUUAACAGAUUUUAUUCAAAGGCAUACGCUUUUUUGUUUAACUCUCAAAAGCAUUUUUGCCUUUUAAUAAAACCUGUUAGUCUGGAAAGAUGCUACCCACUGUGUCUGAUUUUUGGCUACCAUAAAUUAACAUGGCUCUCCUCCUACAAUUAUUCCAUUGUUGAAAAGCGGGAUGGUUGAUUCUCUUGUUGGGAGGAGAAUUCAAUUGUCCAUCUGUUGCUGCUCAUUACUGCUUCUUUCCGCAGAUCUCAGUUGCUAUGAAUGUUUCAUUCUGGAUAGUGCCUUGUAAUAGGACCAAAUCACUGAAUCUGUUUUCAGACUGAGCUGGAGAAUCCAAUUCAGUGUAAUUUUCUGAAUCAAGAUGAAUCACUAAAUUGGAUCAGAUUGAUAAUUUAAAUCAGACUGGAGCCAAUCACAUUCUGUAGUGGAGUAUUUUAUACAAAAGAAUACAGUAAUCUCUAGGAGUUCAGAAGCUCAUUUUAGAUAAUAUAGGCACAUCAAAAUAUAUGUGCUUCUGGCCUGACUUCUGAUCUAUAUGUCUACAUUCACAAGGAUGAGAAUUAAGAGUGGGUAUGGAGUAUCAACACACAUUGGGAGUCUGUAUAAUUUGGUAGAUAACUUUAAUUUGUUUUCAUUGAAUGGGCUUAAAAUAAAUCAGGGCCACCAAGCAUGA